AUGGAUGAGAGAGGGAACGUGUUCCAGAGUUGCAAAACAUGUCUUCAGAAGAGAAGAGUCACUAUUGAGGAAGCAAGCGAAGUGGUCUUGGACGAAGAGAAUGCAAUACCAGACAACGAGCCCGAAGGUGUCCAACAGGUCGACAGGGAUGAAUUUGAUGAUGCCCUUGAUGAAGGAUGGGACGAAAUUAUGGACUUCGAUAUACCCGAGGAAGACGCAUUGUCUGCGCGAGAAAGACACUGUGUUCAGGUGCGUAUUAACCUUGAGGGAAAGAAGGGAAGACGAUAUGGAACUUGA